AUGGCCAAAUGUCGCCAAUUUAUUCAGUACGUGAACGAAACUGCAAAAAACAAAAGUUUGCCUUUGAAGGUCUUGAAUUGUGUUGAGGGAAGCUCAUAAUUAUGACGAUUGUGCUACCAAGAUCAAAGAAGAUAAGGCUGACCUCGUGACACUGGACGGAGGACGCGUGUAUGCGGCAGGUACAAAUAUCAAAGCGAAAAAAAAUAUCGUCCUUCCUUCUUUGUAGUUUUCAUAAGAUAUUAUGUCUGCUAAACACUGAACUAAACAAAACUUCAGUUUUAUGAAGUUCUUCGUUCUGUAAUAAAGACGUGCUGCAUUGAAAGCCGAGCCAAUCAUAUGUAUUUAUCGGUAAUCGCUUCUCUCCAAAAGAGUCACGUGUGCGCAGGAAACUCUGUUGAGGGGUGUAAAAGAUAACUUUUAGCCGGUUCAGUGUUAUAGCUAUUGAUCAGACAAUCUCGAAUUAAGAGAACUAUCGCUUUUACUGCAAAAUUUUACGUUUCUAGUUUUUGUUGUCCUCCUCAUUGGUUAUUAACUUUAUUAGCCAUCCACUUAAAGCAGAGAUAAAAAAAGGGGGGGAGGUCUCAAAGUGAUUUUCAUUUCUCUACCAACCUUGAUAUCGUAACAUUGUUUACUUAAGAGUUUCGAGAAGUCUUAAAGAAGUCAGACAAAAAAAACAAAACAAAAGGGGGGUGUCACGCUUGCUUUCUUAAACCCUCGCACUAACUUAAAUAACUUACCGAACAUCAAACCACAGAAUCUUUUAUCAUUACUGUAUUUUAAUAUUAUGACCAAGUUCAUCUGCCUCUUUGGUGGCGAGGCAGUGGAAAAGCCAGAUAUUGUAAGACGCUAGGAGUUUGAAAAUUUCAGGGAUGAAACAACGAAAACGAAGUUGUUAAUGUUGGAACUGUUAAUUGUGGUACGGGUCACGGGUCUUCAUCUGGUCCCGGGUCAACAAGUUCCGCCUAAUCGUGAUAUCUGGGCUUAAAUUUUAAUCCGGGUUUCGUUUUCUUUUGUUCAAUAGCAUUUUCUUCUAGAUCUAUUCUUUUCAAUCACAGCAUCCUCUCACGAAAUUCUACACAAAAAGAAUUAAACUGAAUUCGCUUGUUACCUCCUUACCUAAAUUCCAAUUUCGCACCCACUAACCCUGGGUUUUCUCAACUCAGCUUUGAACUCCCAGCCAAUCUUGAUCGAUGGUAUUUUUUAACUGCUCCCAUUCCAGGUAAGAACAACGGUCUUGUGCCCAUUGUUGCUGAGAUAUAUGGACAAUAUAAACAGAAGUACUACGCAGUUGCUGUUGUGAAAAAGAAUAAUACAGGCUUCGGACUUGAACAACUUAAGGGGAAAAAGUCCUGUCAUACCGGAGCAAGAAAAACAGCGGGAUGGAAUGUGCCCAUUGGGUACAUGCUGCGUAAGAACAUCAUUCUACCAGUGAAAUGUGAAACAAAGACCCACGACUUUUAUUCAGUUGCUAAUUUUUCAGUCAGAGCUGCGUACCAGGUAAGGUUUAAUCUGACUUAAAGAGCUUCUUCGAUUAAUUUGAUGAUUUAUUUUUUUUUGUUUCCUUCCUUGCUUGUUUCCUUCAUCUCUUUCUUCCCUAUUGCCUUUAUCCAUUCUUCGCUCCGUCGUUCGUUAGUUCGCUUGUUCCUUCGUUCAUUCUUUCAUUCGUUCCUUCAUUCAUUCGUUCGUUCGUUCGUUCGUUCACUUAUUCAUUCAUUCAUUCAUUCGUUCGUUCGUUCGUUCGUUCACUUAUUCAUUCAUUCAUUCAUUCAUUCAUUCAUUCAUUCAUUCAUUCAUUCAUUCAUUCAUUCAUUCAUUCAUUCAUUCGGAAAAAAUAUUUCGAUAAAUAAAUUGAAAGAGGCUAGGACCUGCCAUAUAUAAAACUUUCAUUUAGCAAAGGUCACAUCGAUAUAUUUGUUUAUUUCUUUAUUUAUUCCUUUUUUGUUUCUUAGGAGUGA